CAAGUGGUGGUCAAGUAACACAUUUGAAAAGGAUGAGGCGCGGUCAAACAAUUGCCAAACGUCCAAAUCGGUGCCAAUCAGCAUCGUACACUAUGUAUCUUUGAACGUCCUCUGAUGGCGGCCAUGUCUUCAGCUCAGCUGGUAAGCGCGCUCCAGGCGCAGCAAGAGAAGAUUGAGAGCAAUGCCGACCGCCCUGACAGAAGCAUUCAUUGCUGUGGCAGAAUGCAUGGAGAGCUACUUUUACGUCAGCGAUCUGGCUGUCCAGUCUGCGGAAGUCAAGGACUCGAUGGCCAAGUUUGGUUGGGCCUGGCUGGAGCUUCCUGAGUUCCCUGUGCGCAAGCUUUUUCCAGCUGCAGCAAAGGCACUGCAGCAGUUCCCCGAGCACAGGGGCCUUGUGCUGGCAAUUGCGGACUGGUGCACCGAUGCUUGCAAGCAGAGUGUGAUUGCGAAGCUGGAGGCGCUGCGCUGUAGGAUGCUACAGGGCCUCUGCCUCGCAGCAGGGCAUCUGGCAUUGAGAGGAAGGUUUGAUAGCAACGGAUACAUGAUCGCUGGACGCAUCUUCGAAGCAAUGCAGAAGGCUGCAGAGACUCCGAGCAUCCAAUUCUACUCGCGUCCAAUAGAAGUCAAAGACGAGUUCUACUCGGCAGCGAGGGACGCCUGGCGUGAAGUCGGACUAGAAACGGUUGUAGCCACCUUGGAAGAACCCCUCCGCGAGAGGUUUGGAGCUGUGAACCACGCACUCCGUUUAACAGCAUACUUUCUGAGAAACCACUCAGGGGUGGUUGAACUCACGAACACAGACCACAGUGUCGCAACAACGCAGUUGUACCUGGAAGUCUUGAAGAGCAUGGGGGAGGCGUUUGGCAACACAUUCCCUGGAUUGGCAGGGAACACCGCUUUUCAGAGGUAUCUGAAAGGUACUCUUCGGGGGAUCCAAGCAGGAUCCUCCUUGCCAGGAUCCCCCUUUGGAGAUUGCGCCAAUCUGGCUAAAGAGGCCUUGCUGAUUUACGAACGAACAAUCAAUCCUCUGGGCGUCCCUUGGGAUCAGAGAAACCCGUGCCUGCUGACCGCCCUCAACGCGCAUCACCAGCAAAUCUCUGACGUCAGCCAGCUCGAGAUCUCGGCUGAGGUCAUCGCUUACAGCGAACUCCGCAAAGAUGUCAGGCGAGAGAUCUUGGGGAUUGCAGGGACGUGCGCUGCGGCAGAUGCCAAAGCAGGCGUCGAAAGCAGCUCAGCAGGCCCAUCCGGUCACAACGAAGAUACCAAAAACGAGCAAGCGGGUGACGCCUCCACUUCCAAGCGGGAAGGGAGGGCGAAAGAACGCGCGUGCGCCAAGUGUGGAACAACGCAAAAGCAGCGUGGCUCUGGAGAGCCGGCUUUCAAGAAAUGCUCGCGCUGCAUGUCCACGUACUACUGCGGACCCCAGUGUCAAAAGGCCCAUUGGAAGGAGCACAAGCCUGUGUGUGUGUCUCGAUAGAUCGUUUCCCGUGAAGCCUGCUCGGGGAACCUGUACAGAGAACCGCUAAUAAAAGAUCAGAUCAGUGCUACGAUGGCGAGGUAGGUAAUCUAGAAUCUUUU